AUGAGCGCCACUCUGAUUCGUACAGCGGAUACUCAGUGCUCGUACCCGGAUUGCUCCAAGACUGUCUGGCAAGAUCCAGACGGCUCCUACUCAGCCUAUUGUAGUAGAUCGCAUCUUGAGAAAGCCCAAUUUACUGCCGGGGAGCUUUGCAAAAACUGCCAAACCCGCCCGGUUUAUGUCGAAAAUGGCCGUUCUCACGACUUCUGUGGUGUCCGAUGUGCCACUGCCUAUCGUAAUGGUACCCAGAUCCGACGCGAUGCUCCGGCACAAAGCACUGAGAGCCAGUGCAAGCUCGUCGAAUGUAAACGUCCCGUGUACGUGGACGACGACGGUGUACCGGGCGAAUAUUGCUCCGAGAGCCAUCGUCUUAAGGCUGUAAGGGCUGGCGCGGCUGAAGCAUGUUUGUUCUGUGGGCUUGCACCGAAAGCCAGAAUAAAUGAUCGAUACAGUGACUUCUGCUCCAGGAGGUGCAAGGAAGAUGCUGUCGAUAGCGCUCCGAUCAUUUUGCAACUGCAGAAGUCGCACGAUGCAUACAUAGAGGUGGAGGAGCAAUUCAAGGAUACGUGGAAGCAUUCCACGAACGUCCCCGUUGUCCACCAGAUCUGGAAGAUCUACGGCAGCAAGAACGCGAACGACACAUUCGACCGAUAUAGAUUAAGCUUGGAGCGCCGCACAGGCAAGAAAGAUGGGAACACGCAAAGGCGCUGGCACGGCACGAUUCGUGCCUGUACUCUGGGCGACAGCGAAUUAUUACGCGAGCUUUGCACUUCCGAAACCUGCUCUUUGUGUAAUAUCAUCCGCUCGUCAUUUCAGUUGGCGCGUGCGGGUGAGCGUACCAAUUUUGGGCGGUUUGGCGCAGGAAUCUACACGUCUGGAACGUCUUCGAAGGCCAAUAACUACGUCGCAGAGACGGGUGGCUCGUCGUACAAAUCAGUGCUUCUUAAUGAGGUCAUCAUGGGGGAGGGGAUCAAGCUUCAUACCGGAGACGAAACACUGACAGAGCCUCCGCCAGGGUAUGACUCAGUCAUCGGCGAGCCCGGAGGGGAUUUGAACUACGACGAGAGCAUCGUCUACACGAACGAUGCGAUCCGUCCGAUAUUCCUUAUUCUCUACCAAGAGUGA